AUGUCCAAGCCUGUUUCUGAAACUGAAAUCAAGGAGGUUUUUUGGUCUUUAAAGUCCAAUAAAGCCCCUGGCCCGGAUGGGUAUUCCGCUGGUUUCUUUAAGAGCUCUUGGGAUAUUGUUGGUAAGGAUGUCAUUCUAGCUAUUAAGUCUUUCUUUGACUCUGGUAAACUUCUUUCGGAGGUUAACAGUACCAUUAUAGCUCUUAUUCCUAAAGUUCCUAAUCCUACUCAUGGUGGUGACUAUAGACCCAUCUCUUGUUGUAAUACCAUCUACAAAUGCUUUGUCAAGAUCAUAGCUAAUAGAAUUAAAUUGGCCCUUACUGAUUUGAUUGAUCCCGUGCAGUCUGCGUUUGUCCAAGGUAGAAGGAUCUCGGACAACAUUUUCUUGUCCCAAGAGAUUAUGAGAGGUUACCAUAGGAGUUCCCACUCUCCUAAGUGCGCCAUGAAAGUUGAUAUUAUGAAAGCUUUUGAUACUGUGAGAUGGGACUUUAUCAUUGAUAUCCUCAAAGCUAUGGCUUUCCCUCCUUGUAUGAUUACCUGGAUAAAGGCUUGCAUCACGAGUCCUUCUUUCUCGAUUUGUAUUAAUGGGAGCCUUCAGGGUAAAGGGGACCCUGGUACUGUUACUCUUAUCAUGCAGGGAUUGGAUGAAUUUAGGAAUCUGUCUGGUCUUACCCCUAAUUCUAGUAAGAGUAACAUUUUUUUCUCGGGGUGUAGUAGUGCGCUUAAAGAGGAUAUUCUUCAGAUUGCCAAUUUUACUGAGGGCUCCCUCCCGGUGAAAUACCUUGGUGUGCCUCUUAUCACUACCAAGCUUAAAGUGUCUGAUUGUCAUACUCUGGAAAAAAAUGAGGGUGGCCUUGGUUUCAAAGACUUAGCUACCUGGAACAAGGCUGCUAUAGCCAAACAUGUUUGGUACUUGUUUUCUGGGGGUGAUUGUUCCAUGUGGUGCCAAUGGGUCAAGGCUUACUUGCUUAAAGGGAGGAGCUUUUGGGCUGUUAGAACUCCUAGUGAUCCCUCAUGGGUCUGGAGGAAAAUCCUGUCUCUUAGGCAUUUAAUCUAUCCUCACAUCAAAUUCAAAAUUGGUAAUGGGGAAAAUGUGUUCAUUUGGCAUGACAAUUGGCACCCGCUUGGUUCGCUGUGGCACAGGUUUGGUCCUAGAAUUCUUUAUGACACUAAUCUUCCUGAUAGCACCAAGGUUAGCUCUAUAGUCUCUAAUAGUUCUUGGAAGUGGCCUGUUUCUAAUUCUUGGGAGAUAAAAGAGUGGAUCUCUUCUACCCCUUUAUCUCUUCUACCUUCCUUUGGCUCUUCUGAUACUCUGGUAUGGAGUUUGGCUGCUGAUGGUAACUUUUCUAUCCAGUCAGCUUGGGAUUGUUGGAGGGAUAAGGGCCCUAAAGUCACUUGGUCCAAACUUAUCUGGGGUCCCCUUUCAAUCCCUAGGGUUAGUUUUAUUGCUUGGUUAGCCACCAAUGAGAGACUUAAUACUGGUGAUAGACUUAAAACUUGUGGUCUUGUUACAACUCCUUACUGCCCUUUCUGUCAAGAUCCUGAGGAGAAUCAUUCCCACAUUUUUUUUAGGUGCAUAUUUUCUUCUAGGAUUUGGGGUGGUAUCCUUGCCAAGUGUAAGUCUAAUUGGCCUUCUUUGCCUUGGUUGGAAACUGUUGAUUUUGCUGUUAGAUCCACCAGUGGUACCUCCUUGAAAAUGGUGAUUCUGAAGCUAUCAUUUCUUUGCACUGUUUACCACAUUUGGAUGGAGAGGAAUAGUAGGAUCUUCAAUAAGGCCCAAAAGCCUGAAGAGGUUGUUACUAACUCUAUUAUCCAAAUGGUUAGGGGUAGGCUUCUUUCUAUGGAAAAUGUUAAAAUUUCUACAGGUGAUAAUUGGCUUUUGGAGGAAUGGAAUCUUCCUCCCAAAAUCAUGCAGCAGCACCAUACUAUUACAAAUGGCAGGAGAAUGAGUGUUGUGAGGUUACCUACAUUGAGGGUUAUCAUGAAUCCUAAAUCAUCUCCCAGAUUGAUGUGCCCGAAUGGAGGGUUGAGUGUUGUUCUUGGAGCUUUCAAGUAUAAUGUCUUUCUGAUUCUUUCGAGGUAUCAUGCUCACUUGUUGGUGAGGAGGUGUGGUGCUGCUUACAGUGCAGUUACAUGA